GGCAAAAUAGCGGCAAUGUUGGUGACUAUGAUGAUAGUGAUGGUGAUGGGGAACAUUCUGAUUCAAACAGAGGCUCAGACAAUUCCCUUUAAAGAAAAUUAUCCAGCUUGUCUUAUAAUGUGUAAAUCUCAGUCAAAGUUUCCAAAGUAUCUUUUGUGUCCAUUCACGUGUACCAAAACAUGUCUUCGACAAUCUUCUCUACAAUCUUUUUCUUCAUACAAAAUCGAUAAUUCUGAGUAUUUUUGUAAACUCGGUUGUGCAACUCAUCAUUGUGUCUCCCUUUCCUCCCUCCAAAAUCCGAAUGUGGAGAGAGUCUCAGCCUGUGUGGAUUCAUGCUCAAAUAAGUGUACCAAGGAAAACUAG